AUGGAUCUGUGGGGCGAUUCAAAUGGGCCUCCUCGCAAGAGGAUGCGAAAGGGAACUAAGAGUUGUGUCGAAUGCCGCCGGCGCAAAAUCCGUUGCACAUAUCACCCAGAUCGCCCAGAUACCUGCAAUGAAUGUCGAUUACGAGGCUCUACAUGUAUUGAUCAGGAGCAUACCUCCGAGGAUCCUGGGUCAGCGGGAGGUUCUAACCAAGGAGACCAGCGAUAUAGUCUUCGGGAGCGCGUAGCUCACCUGGAGACCACAGUGCAAGAGUUGUCCAAACGGUUGGAUCAGCAAAGUACCAAUAACACACCUGCCCGGAAUCUACCUCAAACGGAAGUGACUCCGCCAGCAACCGAGUCCGAUCAACUCGGUCCAUCCAGCGAUCAAAUUCAGAAUGCCCCAGUAAUGCAACUAUUCGAUAAUUACCUUUUGAGUCGCCGCGAGGACUCGGAUAGCAAUGACCGAUUCGCAGGAGCGAAAGAUACGUCUCCAAAGGCACGCGCAGUACGAGUUGAGCUCCUGUCGCUACUCCCGCCAGUAUCAGACAUUCGCAAGAUCAUUGCGGAAACCUCACAUUUAUGGUGUCUCUGGGACGAGAAUUUCCCAGAUCUACUGAAACAAUUUGACUUUCCGUGGGAGCUUGGCGAGAGUACAGUUGCACCCGCCGAGGUUGCUAAGGCUCUUGUCUGCCUCGCCAUCAGUGUCAUUCAUCUGCUGCCUGAGUUCAGUUUCAGCGCUCUGCAACAUCCUUUCGAUCCGCAAGAGUUUUCCGCUCGCUGCACGGCUGCCGUAGAUCGCCUCAUCGUUCGCGAUGAUGACUUUGCGGCAACGCUUCCUGGCAUUGAAGCUCAGAUGUUGAUUUCAAAGUAUCACCUGAACGAGGGUCGGCUUCGCAAGGCGUGGCUGGUCAAUCGGCGAGCCAUUGAAUUUGCGCAUCUCGCGGGCAUGCACCAGUCAACUCGCACCCAACGACCUUCGGAUACUCUUUUCGAACGGCGAUUGAGAAUAUGGUGUGCUUUGACCACAUCAGACAGAUCGUUGAGUCUGAUUCUUGGUCUGCCGUACGGGGUCUCGGAAGCCUUCUUCCUGCCGCAGAUCGAACGGCGUCUGGAUAUGGGCGUUAGCGCCGCGGAGCAGUAUAUUUUACGAAUUGGUGUCAUCACUGGACACAUGGUUGACCGCAACCAGAACCCGGCCGAUAUGUGUUUGGAGACCACUUUGAGGCUUGAUCAAGAGCUCAUGGAUGCUUGGAAAGCCCUGCCGAAUAGUUUCUAUGGCACUACCCCGGGUCCUAAUGAGCAGCGGGAUCAGUUCCAUGCACGAAUUCCUUUGCAAUUCAUGCCAAAAGUACUCCGGGCUCUCCUGCAUAUGCCCUUCCUGCUUAAAUAUCCUCACGACCAGCGAUUUAGCUUCUGCCACCGUGAAGCUAUCCAAUCCGCACGGGACGCCUUGGUGCUGUAUAAAGUGCUUCGAUCGAUGACGAGGUCUUACCUGUGCAAGAUGAUUGAUUUCUUUGCCUUUACGAUGAGCAUGCUUCUCAUCGUUCACCUUCACGGUCAUGAGAGUGCAGGACCCUACAAGCAAAAAGACGAACAGGACUGGAAGCUAGUGGGUGAAGUCGUCGAGAUCCUUGGGAAGGCUGCCACCGAGAGGGGCGGAUCUGUAGCUGCGGAGUCAGCCAAUAUCCUCGGAGCCAUCUUCCAUACCAGAUCACAAAUACGGAACUGGGAAUCGUCAGCUACAUGCAAGGUUACGGUGCCUUACUUUGGAACCAUCACUGUCGGAGCUGGAACCAAACUGUUGAGACCCCCAAACAACAACGAACAGAACGACGCUGCUCGAAACUCAUGUCCGUCGGCACCUUCUUCAUGCAAACCGAGUCCGAGUCAUCUAUAUACUCCCCCAUUAUCUGACGGGGCAUCGGUGUCUCACACAACGGGGACUUCAAAUAUACAAAGUCCCAUGCUGGGGACCGAGGGUACUUCCGGGUAUCCCAUCCAACCGUUGUCGCAAGGAGAGGAUAUUGCAACAACCACUUUUGCGGGCAUAGAGUCCAACGCAUUCACCGGACUGUUUGAUGACUUGGAUCAGUUUACAUGGCCGAAUCCAGCUGUUGAUCUUGGGCUGGACUAUGGUUGGAAUUUGAACUGGUCAGAGUAG